AUGAAGUAUAAUAUCGGGGAAAACCUUAUUAUUAAAUAUGUUACAUUAAUUUUUUUCAUUUGGAUAUACCAUAAAUAUAAUGAUGAAGUUUCAUUUAGCAAGGGCUUGAAGGAUAUCUCUAAUGGCGGCAAGGAUUCAUCGUAUAUUGCAGAAUAUAGGUUACUGUCAGAACAGGAUUUCAGGAUAGCAUUAUACGACAAUGAAUUAGAGGAGUAUUUAUUAAAAUAUAGGGACAGUGCAAUAUUAACAUAUGCGGAAAAUGGAACAAUAAGAGCUGAUAGCAAAGGUCUUACCAUAUAUGAUAUGUUGAAAAAAAAUUGUGCAAUUCAUUUAGAAAUUUAUAAAGCACAAUUUAAGCGUAAAUAUACUAACAGCAAAGGUCUAAGGAGACUACGUUACUAUUGUGAAAAGAAAAUAUUUGAUCUGAUUGAUAGAACGGGUGAACAGCAAGUAGGGACUAGUAGCUUUAAGACAAAACUAAAAGAAAGUACAGUUAAAAAAUGGGGUAAACGAGUUAUUGUAAUGUGUUUAUUUCCAUUGAUUGGAACAAUAUUGCCGAUUUUUGUUAAAAUUUGUGGCAAGAUACCUCAUUUGAUAGCUCAAGCCCUAUAUGGGAUAUAUGGUAUUUUUUUUAUAAUAUUAGCAUUUAUAAUUAUAUUUUUGGUCAUUUACAUAAUGACAAAAGUUGUAAAAUAUCACAGAUUAGAAGCUGGAUUAGAUGAAUUGAGUUUUCGGGAAUUCUUUGUUUUCUGGGACCAUAUAUUUUGGCCUAAACGGAAACGGUAA